ACGCGAAUAAAUGCCUUAAGUGAACAACAGCUGUCACUGUCAGUUUCGUGACUGCCAGACUGUCAAAAAAGACAGCAAAAUAAAAGAAGAAUUCGGAGAAUUCUCAAAGAAUUAUUCUCAAAAUGUUCUAAAAACUCAAAAAAAAAUACUCUAAAAACUAAUAAAAAAGUAUCAUGGUCAUAUGGCGAAACUAUAAUUUAAUUCAGUAAAUCUCAAAUGCUUGUAAACAUUGCUUCACAAUAAAAAUAACCUUAAAACACAUCCAACAUGCCGAAGGUUAACACCGCGCGGAUAGCGGAGGCGCAACAGCAACGGCAGAACAUUUCGAAGAAAGGCGAGAAGUACGGCCCUAGCACCGUUUAUUUACAAGUGCUGGGCUCCGGAGCUCGUGGGGUACCUAACACGCUCUACCUCUUCACUGAUCAGAAACGGUACCUUUUCAACUGCGGAGAGUGCACCCAAAGAUUGGCACAUGAGCAUAAAGUAAAACUGUCAAGAUUGGAGCAUGUGUUCAUCACAAGUAAAACUUGGAAGAAUAUCGGAGGUCUGCCCGGACUGUCUUUGACGCUGCAGGAUGUUGGGGUCCCAAAGAUCACACUCCAUGGACCUGAGGGUUUGGACGACCUCUACAAUGCGACAAAGAGAUUUGUCAUAAUGAAAGAGAUGCAGGUGACCAUGGCGCCAUCCAGUGCUACAGAAGACUUCGAGGACAGUGUUAUGACUGUCAAAUAUGUGCACCUAUUCCCGCAACUGACUCUGCUCCCAGACAUACCCCCGCAGCCACCUAAGCGCGCCAGGCUCGACGACGUGCCCACGCUCACAUACGACCAGUUCACGCACGACAACACCGAUUACUAUAAACGCGGGACGGAGGGCGAGGGUGAGGGGAAAUCGCCCACUCCGCGCUCGUCGAGGAGUCCAGAUAAACGACAAGGUAGAACACGUUCGCAGCGACAAGAAGGCGAGGCGUCCCCUCCCCAUCGGUCUCGUGAUCACCGCGAGAAGAAAAAGGGCAAAAGCGACUUAAUCAACAUUCAUUCCUCGGUUGCGUACAUUUGCACAUUAAAGAAACGACUAGGCACGCUAGACUUAGCCAAGUGCGUUGAGAAGGGAGUUCCUCCAGGACCUUUGUUGGGACAGCUGAAGAGCGGGAUAGAUGUAGUCCUAGCAGAUGGUACUUUAGUGAUGUCUAAAGACGUGAAGACGCCCGACGACCCUGGUCCUGUCUUUAUAGUUCUGGAAAUGCCAGAAAUCAGUUACCUCUGCCAAGAGCAAUUCGCGGCGCACUACGACAACGGCACGAACUCGCCAGAAAACAUACCUUCACUCAUCGUCCACUUAUCACCGCCUGAGGUGUUUCAUCACAAAAACUAUAAAGAUUUCAUGAUGAAAUUCGGCCCAACAACACGUCAUCUUAUCCUCAACUCGCAGAACUCGUGUCUGGGUUCCGAAGCCGUCCAUCGCACUCAGCACAAACUACAUCUGUUGGACCCUGAGGUUUUCCCGCUUCUCAAGGACCCGAGCAUACCAGCCGAAUGGAACACCCAUCCUCCCAUGCCCAAGACCAACAGUCCCACCAAAAUAAAGGGCAUCGAAGAUUUGAAGAAUAGGAUCGCCAUGGCCCAGUUCCAGAAUAUUAUCAACACGGAGAUUAAGCCCAGCCUGCCGAAAGAAACGUCUGAGGAGGAUCAGACCCAGAAAUUGGAAACUUACUCUGCAAGGACGCUCUCCAUGUUCCAUCUACGCCCCAAAAAGGAGAUUGACAGAUCAGCCGAGCCAAAGUUACACAUCCAAGACUACUACCAGGAGACCAUGGACGUGGAGGGCUUCGGGGCUUGUCUCGACAAGUUCCGAGGGGAAAUCCAAAACUUGCGCUACGCGAAUAAUGACUCUAGCAAGGAGUACCCAAAGGUCGUUUUUCUGGGAACCGGCAGCUGUAUACCGAGCAAGACUAGAAAUACGAGUGCUAUCAUUGUCCACGUUGAUGACCAAAGCACCAUCCUCCUAGACUGCGGGGAAGGUACUUUUGGACAACUUGUCCGGUUCUACGGGCCGAGGAAAGUUGACGAACUGCUUAGGACACUGAAAGCUAUAUACAUAUCUCAUCUACACGCUGAUCAUCACAUAGGUCUAAUAGGAGUAUUGCAGGCCCGCGCGGCCGCGUUCGCCAACGCGCCAGAGAAGAAUGCUCCGCUACUGCUGCUCGCUCCUGGUCAAAUCGUAACGUGGCUCACCAUGUAUGAUAGACAGUUCGAGAAAAUAGCCGCCGAGUUUACGCUCAUACCUAAUCAGAAUCUGAUGGAUCCAAAAGAGCCAGGCUUAACACCCGCAGCGCUCGCCAAUAUCGGGCUAGACUCUGUACUGACUUGCCUCGUACCGCACUGCCCUAACGCGUUCGGGGUCGCCAUCACCGCCGCCGGGCACAAGAUCACAUACAGUGGCGACACGCUGCCUACUGAGAAACUAGUCAAGAUUGGUCAAGGCUCAACCAUCCUUAUCCACGAGGCAACGAUGGAGGACGAGUUAGCAGACGAGGCGAGGAUCAAGAUGCACUCGACGACGUCGCAAGCGAUAGAGAUUGGACGCAAAAUGAACGCCAAGUACACGGUGCUAACGCAUUUCAGCCAGCGAUACGCGCGGCUGCCGCGUCUCAACGCGCACAUACUCAACGAAAACAACGUCGGCAUCGCGUUUGACAACAUGCAGGUAACACUAAGCGACUUCCCCCUCCUCCCGCACAUGUACGCACCUCUCCAACUUAUGUUCGCCGAGCACUGCGUGGACAUGGAACUGAAGGCCGCCUCUCGCGUGCGUCGGAAGGAAAAGCCAUCCAACACCAGCCUCUCCGGAACAGAGCCAGAGAAAAGGCCUCAGGGCCGCCGCCGUUCGCGCAGCAGAAACUCUUCGGCGACACACUCGCUUACACGCCAAGAAUCUGACAGAGAACAUUCGAAAAAUCGUGAAAGCAGCAAAAACGACAAUUCCAAAACCUCCGGCAAGUUAUGUACGAAACGCCUGGCGUCUAAUGCUCAGAAGAAGAAUGACGAUUCUAAGCGAAAUGUGGUAGUGAACAAGGAACUACGGGUCCCUUCGCGCUACAAAGAGAACCUCACCGCCAGGCUGCGUCGUAUGUCGUCGGUGAACAACAGUGCUACUAGCAUAAUGAGCCCCCGAAGACCCUCGCCUGUCACCAGCAGGAGGGCCGCCUUGCCUUCGCGAGAACCCUCGAGAACUCGUGAGAGCAAAGACGACAGUGCUAAAACCGCCGGAAAGUUAUAUACAAAACACUUGCAGUCCAACACUCACAAUAAGAACGAUAACUCUAGCGGAACCGAGCCAGAGAAAAGGCCACGCCGUUCGUGUAGCAGAAACUCUUCGGCGACACACUCGCUCACGCGCCAAGAAUCAGACAGAGAUCCCUGGAGAACUCGUGAGAGCAAAGACGACUGUGCUAAAACCGCCGGAAAGUUAGCCACCUCUUACGGCAGAAGUGUAACACCACGGGGCCUGACUCCGGAGACAACAGUGCAAGUCACCUCUAUGGAGAAUCACAGAAUACUCGUAUCAACCGGAACCCAAAUGCGGAAUAAAGGGACGAGCGAGCUGAGCGAACGUGUACAAGAUCUCAUGUUGGAUGUGUCAGACUCCAACCGGCCCUCUGGCAUAUUUCUCAUGUCCAAACCAACAAUAGCAGCACAAGAACAGAGUAAAGGACCGACCGAGUUGAGCCAGCGUGCACAGAACCUUCUGUCGGAUGUCUCUAACCGGUCCUCUGGAUCCGUUCUCAUGCGAGUCUCGCGGAAACCAACAAAUGUCUCCUACGAAGCCAAGAAGAUGGAAAACAGACCGGAAAAAUUUAAAAUGAAUUUACCGAAUGCUAAUGUUUGUAAAGCUUACGUUAUGGUCAAGUCUAAACAGGGUUACGGUCAUCCAUUAGUCAAAACAAUAACCAAGAAACUGAUCAUCAACCCGAACCCCAUACCCUCGUAUACCCAUACUAAUAGCAUCAGAGGAGCAUCAUCAAGUAGCUCUACACGCUCAGCCAUGAACAGCCGGCCAUCGUCUGUGCGGAUGUCAUCUGGAGCUGGUGCUAAUAAGAAUGCCGUGAGAAUCCCCUCACAGACCGACACUUCAAGGGAGUCCUCGAGUGUGAAACUUUCUCAGAACCUCGCGGUACAGCGGCCACCCUCAAACGUUGGUUCAUCAAAAAAAAGUUACACGCCUUUAUCGGACAUCGAGAGCUCCUAUUACAUAUUGAAACAAAAACCUGAGCACGAACUCCAGUCUGAUGAUACCAGUGUACGUGAAGGUAUUACCCAGACAUCUGACAAAAGAGACAGAACAAGAGAAGCAAUAAUCCAAGCCCGGAUCCGUUUUUUACGUCGAACUCAACAGUUUGAAGAAGAAAGUAAGACAAACACUAUUCCCCAAAAACCGGAGCCAUUGCGUGAGGAUUUGAGACAAAUGAUGAUACGUCAAUCAAAACAGAAGUUCCGGAGCAAACAGUACCAGUGUCAGUCAAAAUUUGACAAAAUAGAGGGUCUAAAUUGGAUCUCCUGGCCACAAUAAACAAUAUUUUUUUAAUAGAACUUCUGUAUUCCAUAAAUUUAUGUUGUAGUUACACAGUGGUGUCUAAGGUUAAAGUUUACAAGCAUAAUGUAUCAUUAAAACAUUGUAUUAAAAAUGAGUUUAUUUAGAACCUGA